AUGUCCUUCGGGAUCUCGGAGUUGAUCAAGGAGGGCGUGGCCGGGUGGUUCAAGCUGUUGAACGAGGAAGAAGGCGAAUUCUACAACAUCCCAAUCCCCCCAGAAGACGAGGAGGAGUUCGAAAAGAUGCGUAAAAAGAUGGAGGACUGCAAUGUGCUGCUCGGAGAACACAAGACGUCCCGGGAACUGUUUGCCAUCAAAAUUUUGAAGAAGGAUGUGAUUAUUCAGGACGACGACAUCGAAUGUACAAUGACAGAAAAGAGGGUGUUGGCCUUGCCGGACAAGCCGCCAUUCCUCGUCGCUCUUCACUCUUGCUUCCAGACUAUGGAUCGCCUCUACUUCGUGAUGGAGUUCGUCAACGGCGGUGAUUUGAUGUAUCAAAUUCAACAGGUCGGCAAAUUCAAGGAGCCGGUUGCAUGUUUCUACGCCGCCGAAAUUGCCGUCGGCCUCUUCUUCCUCCACUCCAAGGGGAUCAUUUACCGAGAUUUGAAGCUCGACAACGUCAUGUUGGAACGGGAUGGACAUAUUAAGAAAGCUCCCGAUGACGUCUCAAACUUCGACCCGGAAUUCACACACGAGGUGCCCCGGCUGACCCCAAUCGAUCGACUCUUCCUGAUGAACCUCGACCAGACCGAAUUCGAGGGCUUCUCCUUCGUCAACCCCGAAUAUGUACUUGAGCCA